AUGGCCACCGAUACCACGGAUUUGAAUAUGGAUGCUCCAAGUGACCUCCAGGACAUUCCUGACUCCGACAUACAGCUACUUCCUCCUCCUGAAGCAACUUAUCCAGACAAAACCUCGCUUUUGGCCGCGGUGCAUGCCCACGGUAAAGCGCAUGGCUAUAGAGUCGUGGUGAAGUCUUCUAGUACGCCGAAUGAUCAAAAGCCCGGCCGCACAUCGAAGGUAUGGCUUCGAUGUGACCGCGGCGGUCAGUACCGACCGCGCAAUGGGCUCACAGAGGAAACGCGGAAGCGAAGACGCACUUCGCGUCUCACGGAUUGUCCCUUUUCGCUUCUUGCGGCAGGAACGCCAGGCUUUUGGACAUUGACUAUUACAGAUCCCAGACACAACCAUGGGCCAGUCAUUGAGCGGCCAAAGGUCAUACCGCCGAAACUCAAGAAAGGACAAAUUGCCGCACAACCUUAUGACUGGCCUCAUGACGCUACCUUUACUCCUUUUACCACUGCACUUGUCAUAAUUGAUAUGCAGAAGGAUUUUUGUGCUCCUGGAGGGUAUCUAGAGUUCCAGGGGCACGACAUAUCCGCGACACGAGCAAUCGUGCCAAAGCUGCAGCGUCUGCUGCAAAGCUUCCGCUCUGCUGGGUUUGCUAUCUACCAUACGCGAGAAGGCCAUCGGCCCGACUUAUCUACGCUGUCCAGUCGAGAGAACUAUCGGUCUCAUAAUAACUCAUCCGCUUUGGGCAUUGGAUCUCCGGGACCGCUAGGUCGACUUCUAAUCCGAGGAGAGGUCGGACACGACACCAUCGAUGAGCUUUACCCACUACCAGGGGAGCCAGUUAUUGACAAACCUGGCCGCGGUGCCUUUGCUCAUACCGAUUUUGAAUUAAUUCUACGCAAUAAAGGUAUCAAAAACCUUCUUCUCACGGGAGUAACUACGGAUGUCUGCGUAUCGACCACCAUGCGUGAAGCAAACGACCGAGGGUUUGAUUGCGUUGUUGUGGAAGACGCAUGCGCCGCCACUGAGCCAUCUUUGCAUUCCAGCACGUUGGAUUCCAUUAAAAUGGAAGGUGGGAUUUUUGGAUCUGUAACGACGAUUAAUGAUGUUAUGCAAGCAUUAGAAAACUUCAAAACUGUCACUGUGAAAAAGCUGGCGCCGCAGAUGGCUGCUCAGAUGAGCGCUUGA